AAUUAGCAUGCAACUAUAAACUAAAACCCCUGGAAAUAAUUAGAAGAGUGAAAGCAUAUAAAGUACUCCAACAAAAUUUGGAGCUUUUCGGUUUUGCGCAGUAAAGUGAUGGCGGAAGUUGCUAUUUCAAAUUCUCAAGAACACCCCGUUCUUGAAGACGCCGCUGGAAAUGACAAGAUUGCCCUCGCUCAGCAAGACCCUAACGAACUGGAAGGCCAGAAGAAACGCCUCUUGGAGGAACUCGAAUCUGCUCUUGUGCCCAAAGAUUGCGUCCUUGCUAUUCCCAAACCUAAUCCCAAUCCUAAACCUAAUUGCUUAGGGUUUGGGAUUGAGGUAAUUGACGAAACGGCGUUGCUGGAUAGCAUUCCAAAGAACGGAGGAAAACAAUCAAGAAGAAGAAUUGAUACUGUGAGCAAUAGCAGUAUGAAGAACGAGAAAAAGAAGAACAAAUACUCUCGAAUUGAGAUGGAGGCUAUGAAGUUUAUGAAUGUAUCACAACAGCGCAAAUUAUGGGAAACAAUAUACGCCGUACUUCAAUCUACCUUCGCCGACGAGUAUGAUACAUUGGUUGCCACUCCCAACAACCGUCAAUUCCUUCCCAACAACAACAACAACACCAAACCCCCCAUUCUCACUGGUGCAGUGUAUUGUGAAAAUACAGAUAGUGGUCUACAACUCAUGGAAAGUAGUGGAAGUGUGAGUCCUGUUGACCCUUCGAAUACUCAUAGUAUUAUGGGUAAGGAUGGGUGCUCAGUUUCAGAAGAGUACUGUGAAGAUGAAGAUAGUGAGGAUGAUUAUGCUAGCAUCCAGAGGCCUGCGUUUCAUGUAGAGGGAGAACCUAAUUUUGAUUCUGGUCCACCAGAAGACGGAUGGGAAUAUCUUAGGCGUGUCAGGUGGGAGGCACAUCAAAUUCCUAAAGUGAAGGUAUCCAAACUUGAUAGAAGUAAAGUUAACAAGGAACAAAGUCCUUACAUGCCCAAGAUUCCUGAUAUUGCAAAGUGUCCUGAGCAUCUGUUGCCAUUGAAACAGUGGGAGGAUGUAUUUCUUGCAGAAUUUUCAGCACUGAGAGCGAAUCUGUCACGUCUUGAAGGUUCAAGUGUGUAUUCUGGUAAUCUACAAUCUCUAGAUUCCACAAAGCUGCCUGGCAAUAAUUUUGGAGUCAUGAACAGGGAUGUGCUCCUUUAUAAUCAUAAGAGCAUUGGUAAGGCAAUUGAUCAACCUACUAUCUUGACCCCUGAAGGUGAGGAUAGUGCGAUGCCUCUGGAGAAUCCUGGAUCGAAAACAUCCAUAGAUCAAACUAGCAGCAGCUGUCCCACUCCUCCGCUGCUUUCUGCAAUCUUAAGAAUGGACUCUGUAGCCCGAGUAUCAAUGUUGCUGAAACGUAUUCGCUUGCUAGAGCCUGAAAAUACCAUCACAAGAAUUGAUUGCUUGUGGCUUUUUGCUCUCUGUGCAGCAGUAGAUGCUCCACUAGAUGCUGAUACUUGCGCCGCACUCAGGAGUCUACUGCGGAAGUGUGCUAGCAUUCGUGCCGAAAAGGCUGAGCUCAAUGAUGAGGUUGUAAUGUUGAAUAUAUUGGCUACAAUUGCGGGGAGAUACUUUGGACAAUCUGAAAAUUGAAUUCCCAGUUUUUCUUUUUUGUGAAAUUGAAUUCCCAGUUAGCAACUCAAUGACGACUCCCUUAUGUUUUAGAAUUUGGAUGGAGCCAAGAACAUGUAUGGUUAUUUAUUAUGUAUGAACUAGAAUGUAUGGUUCUAAGAACAUGUAUCGUUAUUAUAUUCAGAUGAUGAAUGAAGUCUAAUGUAUGUUAUGUUUUGAAUCUAUAUACUUUGUUACAUUGUAGGUA